AUGUUUGGAGGUGUUGGAGGCAGGCGAAAGCAAAGGUACGUAAUGGAUGGUUUGAUUGGUAUGGUAGCCGUUAGGCCACAAACGCUUAUCGUAUUUGUGCUAUGUGGGGUCAUCUCCAUCACAGUGGCACAACAGCAACAGCGAUAUAUCCCGACAGAAAGCAGUAGCGGCAGCGGCAACAACAAUAACAACAACGAUCGUGUGGACGCCAGUGACAGCGACGAUAAUCUUUAUAUUCUUAUCGAUGAAAUCAGCGUCUACACGUGUCGCGGAAGUAUGGUUUCAUCACCAUUAUUAUUGUAUGACUACCGUAUUUUUCAGAGUAUUUUUGCAUAA